AUGGUGAAGAUCGAGGCGAAGAACUCGGCGAGUGGCGUGAGGAGCUUCAUGGAGGGCUUGACGGAGGCUGGCGAGGGCAACAUCGAGGGUUCCAGCAACGAGGUCAAGGUGCAGAUCCGCGCGGGCGUCCUGGACGACCGCCUGACAGGCAAGCAGGGCGCCUCUCAGAUCACGCUGUUGUACCACGCCAGCACGGGGUACACCACGCUGCACUCGCCGGCCGCGCUCGAGGACGGCAUGCGCGACCGCCUGAAGGUGCUCGAGAGCCUCUACCACAUGGCGCUGAAGAACGACCAGAGCCGGGACGGCCCUCCCAGCUCGGGAGCUGGCGGGACACAGCACAGCUACCGUCAGUCUCGGGCGCUUCGCCUGCCCAGGGAGUCGGAGUUCCACAGCGGGACUGGCGACGUCGGGGUGUCGGUGUGCGAGCACAUGGCGGACUUCCCGCUCUGGCGCGACAAGAUCCUUCGGUUUUUGGUCGAGGAGUGUGGCCUGCAGCCCGAGAUGCUGGACGAGAAUGACCCGGAGGCGUGGAAACAGACCGGUGUGUUCGAUCAGGCCCCGAUCGUUGCCGUGGACUAG